AUGUGCGUGCUCAAGCCUGUCCAAGGCAGAUUAAUUUCACGGACAUAUCUUUCUGAUCUAACUGGCCAACCACCUCCCAAGGCCAGUCCACAAAGGAACUUAGUCUGGCCAAACUACAUCGUAUCCUACACUGUUUCUGGUCUCCACCUUGCGGACGUUGCCCUCACAACCGGGACUGCUACCAUCCUUUUUUAUGUGUUUACCCCUUUUCAUCGCCCCUUUUUGACCUCCUUGAGGCGUCGAGCUGUGUUCCAAACGCUUCCUGGACUCUCCCACUUUGGGAUUCGAGCCUCACAAAAGCUCCUCGCGAAAGGGUUCUUCUGGCUUGGCAUACACGUCAAAGCUUCGGCCGGCUCCUGCCCGAGUUGCCAAUGGAGCAAGGGUAAACACCACAAUAAGUCUCUACCAGGCAAUUUUCCCAGCCCCGACGCCCGCUUCAGCCAUGCCCAUCUUGAUGUCGUAGGCCCUUUGCCCCCGUCCAAUGGCUUUACCCAUCUUCUUACUUGUGUCGACCGCUACACCCGUUUGGCCGAAGCGAUCCCUUUGCCGAACGUGCAAACAGAAACCAUCGUCAUGGCCUUUGUCAGUCGUUGGGUCACCAAUUUUGGUGCGCCAUCUACCGUUACCACUGGUCGCGGCGCCCAAUUCGAGUCUGAUCCUUUAAACAUCCUUCUCAAGUUCCUUGGUUGCAUUCUCAUCUGGACGACAGCCUACCACCCCGCUGCUAAUAGUGUGGUGGAAAUGUUUUAUUGGCAACUCAAGGCUGGCUUGCGAGCUGCAGAAGACUCAGGCAACUGGUCAGACAACCUACCCCUGAUCUUCCUCGGAAUCCGCUCGGCACUGAAGUCGGACCUGGAUUGCAGCGUGGCCGAGCUGCAAUGCCAUCAGUUGCAUAUCAAAAAUCCCGAUGCAGUGAAAAGGAAGCUUACUCGCAUAAUUGCACUGGGUAAGAACAACCUUCAGGUGAUAUCUGACUUUGACUGGACUAUGUCGAAGUUCUAUAACAAAGGCGACCGUACCCCCUCCUGUCACGGAAUCUUUGAGCUCUCCCCCGAGAUGACACCAGAGACACGGAACCAGUUACGUUAUUUGCGACAGGCCUAUCGCCCGGUUGAAAUAGAUCCAACGGUUCCGGUUACCGUGAAGAUUCCAGUCAUGUUGGAGUGGUGCGAUUUAGCACACAAAGUGAUCGUGUCGUCCGGUAUACAUAAAGAUAUACUUAAGACAACUGUUAACGAAUGCAGCAUUGCCUUAAGGGACUAUGUAGGAGACUUCAUGACACAGCUACACAGGGAAAAUAUUCCACUGCUGAUAUUUUCUGCCGGUCUUGGUAACGUUAUAGAACUGCUUCUGGAACGUUUUCACUUGUACUUCGAGAACGUUCGAGUUGUCGCCAAUAUCAUGGAUUUUAACGACGAGGGCCUGCUGGUUGGAUUCAAAGAACCUACAAUCUUCACUUUAAACAAAACCAUCUCAACGAUUUCUAACACUGCUUACUUCAAGAAGGCUUUGUCGAAACGUUCAUCCAUAAUUCUGUUGGGUGACUCCUUAGUCGAUCCAUACAUGGCGGACGGUAUUCCCGGAGAAAGUGUGGAUUCCCAUGUGAAUAUUUUGAAAAUCGGCUUCCUUAACAGCAAGAACGAAGCCCUGUUGGAAACCUACAUGGAUAUUUAUGAUAUAGUCCUGACGGACAAUGCGACAUUUAAGAUACCGCUGGAAGUGCUGAACUGCAUCGUUCAUUCAGAAUCGCUGGACGUCUGA